UUCAUCGCAUUGCGAGCUUUGGAAAAAGAACACCACGAUUUCCAACGGUUUUUGUCGCUUCAAUCCAACAUCACGAAAAGGAAAAUGGUUUUUUGUCCUUCAAAUCGUCCUUCUUUCCUUCACACCCAUGGUGGUGCUUCUCAUUCAAAACAGCCUUCGUUUCAACAAUCAGAUGAUUCAACAGAAGCAAAAUUUGGAGAAGGCCUUAUUGGUGGAUGAAGUGACAUCCCUGACCUUAUUCAUCAAUGACCUUCAAACUGAGAGAGCAUCUGUAUGUUUUGCGUUGUUUGUGAGCAUUGUCAGUCAAGAAAGAUGGAAUUUUACCCAAGAUUUUUAUGUAACGGAUCAAUCGUUGGCAAAGGUCAAAUGGAGGCCUUUUGGACAUGGAAAAAUAUUGUCCACCAAGUUGAGGUUCCAGAUUCGAUUAGACGAUUUCCGGGAAAAUGUCAUUCGAGCAAUCAGUGAAGGUAUCGUAGAGGAAGAAACAGUCGAAGAAGUUUUGAACUUCUACAACAUGGUCAUAACUUCGAUUUUGGGAGCCAUGGCCACGGAAAUCGGCAAGGCCCAAAGUCCAAGUAAUUGGAGACUCAUCAUGACAGCUUACAACAUGAUCAAGAUCGUUGACUCAGCCGGCAUUGGAUUGGUAUUCGGGCUAAGAUAUUAUGGGAAUGGCAAAUUGAAGCCCGAUGAAAUCAUUCCUUACGUUCAACAUGACGGUUUGUUGUGGGCUUAUUAUCGCAAGGUCGUCGAAAUUGUCCCCGAAGGCUUGAAGAGCGAUAUCGAGUCAAUGUAUAAAGGCAACGAUUUCAAGAGCUUAAGAGACAGCACCAAAACUAUUUUAAAAAACAACCCAAUCCCACCGGAUCACGAAAAAGGAGUAAAGUAUUUUACCGAGUGUCAAAAAUUCACGUUCGCAGCUACGAAGCUUUUGGACGAGUUGGGUUUGAAAAUAAGACUAUCUCGCAAUGUGGAAGUCUACCAUGUCAAAUUGGCCAAUGCUUGGGGGAUAUGCAUCCUGAUCCUGAUCUUUCUCAUAAUCCCAUUUCUUGUCUUCAUGGCUAGGAAUGUGAUCUGGACCUUUCAGCUUUUUGCGACCAGUUUGAAUGCAAGAGCCACGGCUUUAAAGAAACAACAAGAGAAGCAAAACAAACUUAUCUACAAGAUGCUUCCCCGGCUUGUAGUUGAAAAAUUGAAAUCAGGCGAAGACGUUAUUGAAACCUUCGAAUCGGCCUCCCUAUUCUUCAGCUCAGUGGUGGGCUUUGGGUCAAUCACGAGGGGACUCAACCCAUUUGAGGUCAUAACAUUUCUCAACGGCUUCUAUGACGUGAUCGAUGAUCUUAUUGACCAGUACGAUUGUUCCAAGGUGGAGAGUAUAUCUGAUUCCUAUUUGAUUGCUUCAGGGAUCCCACGUUCUAAUGGAGAAAGACAUGCAAGUCAACUUUGUUCCAUGGCCUUGAUGUUUCUGAAGGCAUCCUCGGCAAUUCAUAGACCAGAUCAACCAUCCCAGACCAUUCAGGUUAAAGCUGGGAUUCAUACUGGAACUGUCGUGGCCGGCAUUGUGGGAAGUAAACUCCCACGCUAUUGUUUGUUUGGCGACACUGUCAACACGGCUUCACGGAUGCAGAGCCAAUCUUUACCGGGCAAAGUGCAAAUCAGCUCUGAAACGAAACUCAUGCUGGAUGUGAUGGGCGGGUUUAUAACGGAGGAGAGAGGACCGAUCUACAUUAAGGGAAAGGGACGUCUGAACACAUUUUGGUUGAAUGAGGAGAUGGAAUGAAAAUAUAAAUGAGUACACAUUCGAAGUGGUCUCAAUCUCAAACGCCUUGGUACUUUUGUUUGUUGAGAAAAUUGUAGAGAGCACCAAGAAUAUAAUUAGCUAAUCACCUU